AUGCGUGCUAAAAGGAUUGUCAUGAAAAAACAAGAUUUGAAGGCCGUAGUGGUUCUGGAGGACAUCUUUUCUGACUUUAUAAACUGUCACGAGAAAUGUCGUCUGUGUUUCAAAGACGUUACCGAAAAAGAUUCAAGAAUACAAAUCACAGAUGAGAUUCAGAACAAAAUUCAUUCUGUCUUGAAGAUUCAUUUGUCAUUGGAUGGAAUAGGAUCAGAAUUUAUGUGUUCAAAAUGUGAAACCAUUUUAAAUGAUUCUCAUCAGUUUAAGUUCAAAAUAAAUGAGAAAUUGAAGUGUUAUGAGAAGUUUAGUAACCAAAAAGUUAAAAACGCCCGAAAUGAACUACCAGUCCCAUUUCACGACAAUGAAAUUAAAGUUGAAGACGAAUUGAAUUUAUCAGCUGAGAUGGAGAUGACUUCUACAUUAAUUGAAGUCAAAGAAGAAACUUCUGAAGAUGGAAAUGCAACCGAAACAGAUGAAUGUCAGAAUGAAGAGGAAGAUGAACCUGAAAAGCAGGAUCAUUCAAAUCCUCAAUUUAUUUUAGGUGAUUCUGGUGUGAAAGUAAUAAAAAAUAAUCACAUUAUCAAGCGACGUCGUAAAAAAUAUCUCAAAAAUAAAUUUCAGUGCGAUAUUUGUGGAAAAUUAAUGAAAACCAGAACCGGCAUUGUUGAUCAUAUGAACACGCACAAAGAAUUUAGGACGAAGGAUUUUCAGUGUCAAAUUUGUGGGAACUCUUACUUUAAUAAAAAUGGGCUUCGAUAUCAUAUUUUGAAAAAUCAUGAAAAACCAAAGCAUCUUACCUGUUCAUUAUGUAGCAGAACAUUUAGAACUGAAGAAGGUUUAAAAAAUCAUAAGUCACGUCCUCAUCGUUUACCUUGUGAGGUCUGUGGAAAAAUGAUUUUAAACAAUGAACUCAAGCGACAUUUAAAAAUAGUACACUUCAAAAUAAAACCAUAUCAGUGCGAUAAUUGUGGUAAGAAAUUCAGCAGAAAACAACCUCUGAUUAAACACCUGAAUACGCACAAAGUUUAUAGAACAAAAGAUUUUCAUUGUCAAAUUUGUAGAACCUCCUUCUUUGAUAAACAUGAACUUCGAAGACAUAUAUUGAAUAUUCAUGAAAAACCAAAGCAUCUUGCCUGUUCAUCAUGCAGAAAAACUUUCAGGACCGAAGAAGGCUUAAAAACACAUAUGUCACGUCCGUGUCGCUUAGAGUGUGAUAUCUGUGGGAAAAUUAUUAGUAGGAAAGAACUCAAGACACAUUUUGAUAUGGUACACUUUAACAUAAAACCAUAUCCGUGCGAUGUUUGUGGAAAGAAGUUUUAUAAUAAAACACUUCUUGCUAAACAUGUGAAUACGCACAAAGAUUUUAGAACUAAAGAUUUUCAUUGUCAAAUUUGUGAAAGUUCCUACUUCAGUAAAGAUACACUUCAAACGCAUAUAUUAAGUAAUCACGAAAAACAAAAACAUCUUACCUGUACAUUAUGUAGAAAAACUUAUAGGACCGAAAAAGGAUUAAAAAAUCAUAAGUUACGUCCCUGUCGUUUAGCUUGUGAAGUGUGUGGAAAAAUAAUGUCGAGCAAAGAACUCAAGCGACAUUUAAAUCUGGUACACUUCAAUAUAAAACCAUAUCAGUGCGAUAUUUGCGGCAAGACAUUCGGUAGAAAAACAAAUCUUGCUAAUCACGUGGAUAUACACACAGAGCUUAGAACAAAAGAUUUUCAUUGUGAAAUUUGUGGAACCUCCUUCCUCAAUAAAUAUGCACUUCAAUUUCACAUCCUGAAUUUGCAUGAAAAACCAAAGCAUCUCACCUGUACAUUAUGCAGACGAACUUUUAAGACCGAGCAAGGCUUAAAAAAUCAUAAGUUACGUCCACACCGUUCACCUUGUGAAAAGUUACAGCCUCAUACUCAGACUCAUCGUUUACCUCAAAAGGAAAGCUGUAAGGUCUGCAGAAAAAUGAUUUCAAAGGAAAGUCUCAAAAUGCAUGUAAAAAGAAUGCAUUCCAGUAUUAAACCAUAUCAGUGUGAUGUUUGUGGAAAGAAAUUCUGUACUAAAGCAAAUCUUGCUCAUCACAUCAUUACACAUAUCAAUUUGGAACAUAGAACAAGAGAUUUCCAUUGUCAAAUUUGUAAAAGUUCCUUCUUUGAUAAACAUAGACUUAAAGCCCAUAUGAUUGGUGUUCAUGAAAAACCAAAGCAUCUUAACUGUUCAUUAUGUAGAAGAACUUUUAUGACAGAAGAAGGCUUUAAAAAUCAUAAAAUACGUCCCUGUAGUUUACCUUGUGAGAUCUGUGGGAAAAUGUUUAGAAAGGAUAUACUCAAGACACAUUUGAAUGCGAUGCAUUUCAACAUUAAACCAUAUGAAUGCGAUAUUUGUGGAAAGAAAUUCUGUAAAUCUUAUCUUGCUUUUCAUAUGAAUAUGCAUAUUGGUUUGGAACACCAAAAAAAAGAUUUUCAUUGUCAAAUAUGUGGAAGCUCCUUCUUCUUUAGAAGUGGACUUAAAGCCCAUAUACGAAAUGUUCAUGAAAAAAAGCUUACCUGUUUAUUAUGUGAAAAAACUUUUAAGAACAAAGAAUCUUUAAAAGAUCAUAAGUUACUUCCUCAUAAUUUACCUUGUGAUAUUUGUGGAAAACGUUUCCCUACUAAACAUUCCCUACAGAUUCAUCAAAACAUGCAUGAAGAGCGAAAUUUUGCUUGUGAUAUUCUUAGAUGUCUAAAGAAAUUCAAAACAAAAUCUAAUCUUAAAAAACACAUUCUAACCGUUCAUAAAAAAAAAAGGUGA